AUGCGCGCCGAGAUGGGCGCCGACGAGGUCGCCGCGGACGGCUUCGUGGUGCCCCUGGCGGUCCGCAUGCUGCGCGACCUGGCCGGGCGGGUUGCGUCGGCGGUGAGCGGGAGCGUGCCGCUCGUGGAGGACGAGGGGCGCAGCGCGAUGGUGCUCAAGGAGCCGGUCGGGGUUGUCCUGGGCAUCGUCCCUUGGAACGCGCCGUACGUCUUCGGCGUGCGCUCCGCCGCGUGCGCGCUGGCCGCCGGCUGCACCACCGUGCUCAAGGCCUCUGAGCUCGCGCCGCGCAGCUACUGGGCGGUCGCGCGGGCCUUUGCCGAGGCGGGCCUGCCUCCCGGCUGCCUGAACGUGGUGUCGUGCGCGGCGGGGGACGCCGCCGAGGUGGUCGGGGCGAUGAUUGCGCACCCGGCGGUGCGCAAGGUCAACUUCACGGGCAGCACGGCGGUCGGACGCAAGGUCGCGGCCGCGUGCGGCGAGAACCUCAAGCCGUGCUUGAUGGAGCUGGGUGGCAAGAACUGCGCGGUGGUGUGCGAGGAUGCGGACCUGAAGCUGGCGGCGGAGAGCGUGGUGGCGGGAGCUUUUCUCAACAUUUGCAUGUCGACGGAUAGGAUAAUCGUGCACGCCGCCGUCGCGGAGCCCUUCUUCGAGGCUCUCCGGACGGCCGCCGACAAACAGGCCGCCUCGGAACGCCCGACGCUCGUCUCCGCCGCGUCCCGGGCGCGCGUACAGGCGCUCCUCUCCAGUGCCGUCUCGGCGGGCGCCCGCGUGCUGGUCGGCUCCUCCCGGGCCGCCGACACCGGGGACGAGCCCGGGGUGCGCGUGACGCCGACCAUCCUCACCGGGGCGGACGAGACAAUGGCGAUGUGGAACGAGGAGGCGUUCGCGCCGCUGGCCGCGUGCACCGUGGUCGACGACGACGACCGGGCUGUGGCGCUGGCGAACCGCGGCGGGUACGGCCUGUCAGCUGCCGUCUUCACGGAGGACCUGCGGAGGGGGCUGGCGUUGGCGCGCAGGAUCGAGUCCGGCGCGGUGCACAUCAACAGCAUGACGGUGCACGACGAGCCGGCGCUGCCGCACGGAGGCGUCAAGGACAGCGGCUGGGGCCGGUUCAACGCCGACAUGGGGCUGGACGAGUUCCUGGUCACCAAGACGGUGACGUGGAAGGACUAA